AUUGCAUGCAUAAAAGAAAAAAUUCAAAUAAAAAGCUUUUGAUUUCAAAAGCUGUAGAUUCAACCAGCGUCCUCUGCUGGGAGCUUUUCAAAGCUCGUCGCGCAAUGUCCAAUAUUCCGUCAGUAUUAUGGGUCAGACAUCACGGGUCAAGUUGUUGACAUAAUAAUUUUUCAUGAAAUUGACUUCAAAUCAUCUGCCCGAAACUGAAUUCUGUAAAUAACGCCAUGGCGAGUAAAGGCUGGAAGGUCGUCCAGGCUCACGUGCCGCUUAUAAGAUUCCGUAAAGGAGGAAACAGUCGAGUUGCAGCAGCAGCAGCUAAACCAGCCUCAGCUCCAUCUGGCGCAGGGGCGGCUGCUUCGAGCAAACAGCAGGGGGCAACUGGACCGAACGUUGUCGUACUGCCGAUCAUCGAAGAUUUUCAACUUCCUUUGAGAUUCCAAAGAAGACCGAUCGAUAUCAAGGAAAUAGAAUAUAUCAACCGCGGAGGUCCGGAAUAAGCCUACGUUGCAAACUGAGUUAUCCCCAAGGGUGUCGUCUCAUUGUAUAAAUACACUAAGUAAUAGCAGCAGAGCCAAUCGUUAUACAAAACCUCGUUACACAAAAAAAAAAAUGUUGAAGAAGACUAAUAUAUAAUAAACUGAAGCGCAAAGCGAAAAAUUUCCCAA